UUGAUUUGACCACUCAUGCAAAACCUUACAAAUUGUCGAGGUGACGCACCAAUCGUUUUACGAAACCUUGACCUUCAAGUGCUCACUAACCUCCGUCAAUGGAUAAUGCCACUGAGUCGUUGCCGCAGUCAUUGAGGAAAUCUUCUGGAUAUGAGUUGCCGCUAUAUCCCUUCAUUAAUUCGGAAUGCGCCUCGCUUAAAGACCCGAGGGAUCGAAAUUUUGCGUGACCCACGGACAAAUAAGGGUUCUUCGUAUACUCUCCAUGAACGCCAACUUUUGGGGAUUCAUGGACUCUUGCCACCGAAUCCUCAAAAUCAAGAUGUUGAGGAACAACGAGUUAUCUCAAACCUUUAUCAGCUGGAUGAUAAUCUUAGCCGUUACAUGAUGCUAAUGUCCCUCCAAGAUCUUAACGAAAAGCUGUUUUAUCGGACUAUCAGAACACAUUUAGAGUAUUGCUUACCACUUAUUUACACACCUACUGUUGGCUUAGCAUGUUUGAAUUUCGGUUUUGUUUUCCGAAGGCCUCGAGGUAUUUAUAUUACAAUUCAAGAUAGAGGGCAUAUUUUUACUUUACUAAAAAAUUGGCCUGCUGAUACAAUUAAGACUGUAGUCAUGACUGAUGGCGAACGUAUAUUGGGUUUCGGAGAUAUGGGCGCUAAUGGAAUGGCUAUUCCUCUAAGCAAGGCUGUUCUGUACACUGCCUUAGGAGGCUUACAACCUUAUCAUUGCCUACCUGUGAUGUUGGAUGUUGGUACAAACAAUGAAAAGCUUCUGGAGGAUGAGUUUUAUGUUGGUCUUCGUCGGAAACGGGCCACCGGAGAAGAGUAUAUUUCUUUCAUGGAUGAAGUUGUGGAGUCAUUGUCUGCGCAUUAUGGACCAAAUGUUUGUCUGCAUUUUGCAGACUUCAAGAAUUCAAAUGCUUUUCAACUUUUGGAGAGAUAUCGUUCGAACUACAUAACAUUCAAUGAUGACAUACAAGGUUCUGCUGUGGUUAUUGUAUCAGGUCUAAUGACUGCAUCCAGAGUGACACAAAAGAAAAUAUCUCAGAACAGUUAUCUCUUUUAUGGUGGUGGGGGAGCUUCUAUCGGUAUAGCACGUUUGUUAGUACAAGCAAUUAUGGAGGAGGGUUUCUCUGAAGAUGAAGCUAAAUCACGUAUUUUUAUAAUGGAUUCUAAAGGUUUAAUUGUCACAAGUCAUGAACUUAGUGCAGCAAAAUCAGAAUUCGCUCGUUCUGAUUAUCCUAAAAUAGAUUCACUUUUGGAAGCUAUUCGAUUAAUUCGACCUUCUGUUUUAAUUGGUGCUUCUGGACAAAGUGGGGCAUUCACGCGUGAUAUUCUUCGUGAACUGUCAACAAUCCAUAAGACUCCUAUCAUAUUUGUCCUAAGCAAUCAAUCAAAUCUCGGCGAAUGCACUUCCCAGAUGGCUUAUAAGGCUACAGAAUGGAGAUGUAUAUUUGUCAGUGGUUCUUCUUCAGAACAUGUUCGAACACCAGAUGAUCGUUUAUUAAAACCGAGUCAAGGAAACAACUGCUAUGUUUUUCCAAGUUUGGUUAACGCAUUAUCAUUGGCUGUCAUUCGUCCGCUAACUUAUAAAUUGCUAUUGACUGCAGCAAAGUCAUUCAAGAGUCAGUCAGGGAUUCGGUGAAGAAAUCUCUUUUCAUCGAUUUUAUUCUCAAAGCUAUAUGGUAACAAAACAUGCUAUUUUAAAGAAAUAAUCUACAAUUUAUUUCUUAAUGAGCAUAAUUUAUCGGACUUAGUAACAAAAGAACAAUUACAAUAUGGCUACAACACAUGUAAUUUCUAUUAAGCAAAUAAAAAUAGAAUUCUAGCGAAGUAUAUAGAAGGGUGACUUAGUUGCCAAGGCAUUUGAAUUUUGGGCACUAAGUCCCUGGUUUAAACCCUAUCCUCCCACUUCAGUUUGUGAAACCGGAUAGUAUCUUGAGCCAUCAUACUUAAGGUGCGGCUAAUACCUCAUACCUAGUGAAUAAGUUAAUUUUUUAAUCAAGCGUACUAGAAAAGUCAGUUAAAUAUUAAUAAUUAUGGAAAGUGAAUUACCAAGUAUGGUAAGAUAAGUCGAAAAAUAAAAUGGAAUCGGAAAUAGAGUAAAAAAUGAUUUGUUUAUGACAAAAGGCUAACACACUGGAACAGUUGAGAAGAUGGUUGUUAGUGAAACUAGAAAACACAAAUACAGGAGGAUUACACAGUUUCGGGAUUGAGAUUGCCUAAAAGAGACCAUUUCUCUGAGCCAUACACACUGCCUUUUAUUAUAGAUCUCAAUGGUUGUUUUUAUACUUUUCCGCCAUAAAAUCAUAUGAGUUUUGUACCGUAAUGUUUAUUUUAUCCUCCGAACUAUAAAUUAUACACGUUUUGCAUGAAAAUUGGUAUUUUGUGUGAAGUACUCUUUUUUGGUUAUUAAUACAGUCUACUCGGUUCGAUUUCUCUAAAGAAAAAACCGUUGGAUAUUACAAUCCGGAUUCAGUUCUUUUGAAUGAAUAUGACCACUGGUCGUUUAUCUCAUUAGAAAGUAAAUUUUAUCUAGUUCUUUAGAUUUCUUACUUUUUCGCAAUUUUAUAUUCUUGUGAUAUCGAGCUCUUAGUUCAACCAGUGCAUUCUACUGUAAGCCUAUUAUUACUUAUGAUGUAUGGCUUUUUUGAUCGCUACUACUUUCAAAGAAUUUAGUUCCUGUGUACAAACACUCAUGCGGUUAACUAGUAUAAAUUUUCCUAGCCUGUGCAACAAUUUCAUGAAUUACAUGUUCCAUUUUUACAGUGAUUGUAAACGUCUGAUAUAUGACACGUACUCUAAUUUUUCAUCAUUUUCUGCUUUUGAUUAUUAUUCCAGAAACUAUCUGAAUUAGUUACAGACGAUGAUAUACGUCAAGGUAGUAUGUAUCCAUCAAUUGCUAGAUUGCCAACAAUUACAAAAGAAGUCUCUUGCGCUAUUAUGGAACAAGCAUACAAGGAUAAAAUUGCAUUUUUUACUCCGGAACCAUAUAAUAAGAUGGAAUUUAUUGAAUCUUACUAUUAUGAUCAUAGAUAUAUUAAUUUUACACCCGAUCAAUAUGUUUGGUAGCCAUUUUGGCGCAUUUCUAUUCCCUGUUUCCCCUAUCUAUCUUUUUGAGUAGAACUCAAUUUUAUCUUCAAACUGGUAAGAAUGAUUUCAACAUAUGUAUUAAUAGUGUUUGGCUACUACUUAUCAUCUGUUCAUCUUAAAGUUUUGAUUUGAAUAUCGAUGUUCGUUGUAUUCAUACAUUUCUUCUGUAAAAUGAUUGUUCUGUUUAAACGGUUUGUACCAACUGUGGAAAAUGUUUUUCAGUAAAUAACUAUACCUUUCAACUGUGGUGAUUAAAAAAGUAAUAGAAAUUAUGUCGUCAACAUAUACCUUAGAUGUUCAAAAUGUAUUAAUAGCUUCCACA